GUUUCUUUUGGUUGCGAGGACUGCUAACUGGUUAAAUCUUUGCUUGUUGUCCAACUCUUAAGAUGUUUAAAGGCGAAAAACACAUUCCUCUUCGUAGUUACAACAAGAAAAGCCUCAUAAAAUUAAUGUGACGAAAUCUGAGUUUCUUCUCAAGAAACUUUAAGGUUUUUGGAGAAAUCUAGAUUCACAGAAUUAUUGGAAUUGGUGACGAUAAAUAUGGUUCCUACUUCGACAGAAACGUCGACUGAGUCUCAGUCGGUAGUAGACAGUGUAGAACCCGUAAAGGUGGAUCCAUAUGCUAAACUGUUACCAACCGUUGCUCGUGCAGUUAGAUUAUCUCAAGAAUUCCCUAUAUCGGACACUCCUGCUUAUAUUUAUUAUAAUGAUUUCCCACAAUACAAGGCCGUUGCAUCUGGACACUCUAGGAAAAUCCUUUCCAUUUUACAAAAUAUUUUGGAUAUUUUAGACGUCAAAGCCAAUGUUCUAGACGUUCCAGUGGCCAAGAGUAUUGAAGAGAAAUUCACAUCCAUUGUCGAUGCCAAUGACAGAGUACUUGAAAAACUGACAAUGGCUAUGGACUUUGAAGAAGAUCCUAAACGUAAAGCAUCAUUCUUGGAGUCAAAAGCAGACGAUUUAGUAGUUGCAGUUCAUCGGAGAAAUAAAACAUCCCUUGAAUGGUUAAAGAAUAAAAAUCUAGGAGAAGGCAACGAUGAAAGUACUGAAGCAUCUGAUGGUGCAAUAAGACUUUUGUCUUCUAAGAAUAUUGUCAGACCACAAGCAUUAUUUUCACGUCCACCGGACAACUCUCAUCUACCCUUCCGACCAUUAAUAAAAUCAAAACCGAAUUGCAUUGUUUCACUUUCUGAAUCUCUACCUGAACACAUAGAAGAGAUGGAAGAGUAUCCUCAUCCAUAUCAACCAGAGUUGGAGGCUUUUUCCGGUUGUUUAUCUACCUGGGAGGCAAUGCUUUCAGAGGAUUUUCCAACUAAACCUUUAGAUGAGUCUUACCGCUUUGUUAACCAACUAGAAGCUCUUCAAGAGACUGUUAACGCUAUUUCUGUUUGUAAAUAUAUCGCAGUUGACUUGGAACACCAUAAUUUUCGUAGCUUCCUGGGGAUCACAUGUCUAAUUCAAAUUAGUACUUCAGAUACUGACUACGUCAUUGAUGCUUUGGCCUUACGUGAUCAUUUGUCAAUACUGAAUGAAGUGUUUACCGAUCCAAAAAUAGUCAAGGUCUUUCAUGGAUCCGAUUCAGAUUUGAUGUGGUUACAACGAGAUUUCGGUGUAUAUGUGGUCAAUUUAUUCGAUACAGGCAUAGCUUCACAUCUGCUGCAAUAUUGUCGUUUCUCGCUGAGUUAUCUGUUGCAUCGAUUUGUUGGUGUAAAUCCGAAUAAGAAAUAUCAAUUGGCUGAUUGGCGUAUGAGACCAUUACCGGAUGAAUUGAUUGAAUAUGCACGCACAGAUACGCAUUAUCUUUUGCAUAUUGCUAGUCGAAUGUGUCAAGAGUUACAUGAUAGAAAUUUACUGUCUAUUGCUCAUGAACGCGGUCGACAAUUAUGCCUUAAAUGUUAUACAAAGCCUGUAUUCAGUCGUCGUGGCUAUCUGGAAUUGUAUCGACAAGCUGGUGGGAAUAGUUUCAGUCAUCGUCAGUUAUAUGCUCUGGAGAACCUUUAUGCACUACGCGAUACUAUAGCUAGACGUGAAGAUGAAAGUAUUCAUUAUGUAUUACCAAAUCAUAUGUUGAAAGUGAUAGCUGAAGAAUUACCACGUGAAUCCUCUGGGAUAUUUGCUUGUUGUAAUCCUAUCCCACCGCUGGUGCGUAAAUAUGUUCAUGAUUUGCACAAAAUUAUACUGGAUGCAAGAGAGCUGCCUUUAACUGAUCUGGUCAGUGUAGUGGUUAAUACAUUUUUCCCUACCAGAUUUACAUGUGAAUUGUUGAAUUCCCUCGAUGGCAUUUUAAGAAUGUCUUGUGACCUUUGUCGCAUAGAAUUUACAGCAUUGAAAAGACAAAAAACAUGUAAAAUUUGUGGCUCAAUACAGUGCUCAAGUUGUUUAAGAUACAAAACAAAGUCACACAAACCAAUAUGCAUCGACUGUUACUACGAUAGUAUAAGUAUGAAUAGUCCUAAUGGGAAAGCUGACAAACUUGCUUCGCUAAGGUGUAAAACAGAAGAUAAAAAUUGUAGUGAGAAUUGUAAAGUCACAUCAAAUCAUGGUGUAGAAACGGAUAAUAUCAUAAAAAGGCUAGAAGCACUCAAGGUGCCUAGAACUGAAGUAAAGGAAAACGUCUCUAACUUGGAGUCGCGUUUACAACAACUCAAAGGACUGACAAAUAAGACAAAUAAGAAGCCUUCCUGUUCUAUAAAUACCUCAAAGAAAGAGGAAGAUGAAGUUACUAGGCUUGUAAAGCAGUACACAGAGGAAGCAUUACUCGAUAAAAAGUGUGGGAUUACCGUGCCUGAAGAAGAACAAAUAAGUGAUAUAGCCCCGAGCGACUAUGAUCCGUGGUGUUGUAUGUGUGAUGAAGACGCCAACAUGAUGUGCCAAGAAUGCGAUGACUACUUCUGCAAACGAUGUUUUAAUAAAACGCAUAAUAAACGAGAAAGAGCUGAACAUCCAACAGAAGUUUGUAAAUCAAGAAGUAGUUUUGUCCAAUCAGCACCAAAAUCAAUCAAAAUUAAGCGUUUCAUUUGAAAUCAGCAGAAAAGAUUUCACCAAAUCAUUUAUCAAAGAAUCUCUAUUUAUGUAAAUACUUUACUUAUUUACUUUUCUUCUCAACAGAACUUUUGUUCGAAUUUAUUUUAUUUUAUUUUCUAUCGGCGCUUGAUUUGAUUACAAUAUUUCCCUGUUUAGUUUCUAUAAUUAACCUUUAAUUAAUCGUAAUGAUGUUAAUAAGAUUUCUGUUGAUUGAAAA